AGUGGCGAGCUUCUUCUUUGGGCGAUUUAGCAGCGGUGUCUGGCAGAUACUCGAGUACAGGUUGCCAUAGACCUCCUGUAUAAGUACCGGGAGGGAGACAGUCUCAAGUUCAGCUGCCAGGAUCACCCGAUUCAGACGAUACGUUCUGUCCUGCCACACCAAUUAUUGCUCAAAAUGCGUUUCCUUGCUGCCCUUCCGCUGCUUUGCAAGCUUGCUUCGUCUCUACGCCUCGACAUUGCGCCCAACGGAGGCAAUGCGUCCAGCCCGCUGCUGUACGGCCUUCUCUACGAGGAAAUCUACCACUCGGGCGAUGGCGGCCUCUACGGCGAGAUGAUCCGCAACCGUGCGUUCCAGGGCUCGCCUGGUCCCGGACGGCGGGCCAGCUUUGACAGGAACACAGAGUUUUGGCACCCCAUAGGCGACGUGGAAUUGAGCAUUGACACCACGGCGCCGGCCCUGUCCGACAGCCUCACCUACCAGAUGCGCAUGGACGUGCCCGAGGGCACCACGGGUCCCGUCGGCUUCUACAACGACGGCUUCUGGGGCUUCCACGUGGACGCGGCCAAGCGGUACGCGGCGAGCUUCUACCUGCGCGGCGACUACGACGGCGACGUCGAGUGCUUCUUCACCAACACGCUCACGGGCGAGAAGCUGUCAUCUGCCACGACGCGCGCCAGCCAGGACGCCUCGCAGGACUGGGUCCAGCACAAGCUCCCCACGUUCCAGCCCCAGAGCAGCGCGAGCACGUCCAACAACACCUUCUCCUUUGUCUUUGACGGGAGCCAGCUGGCGGGCCAGAGCGUGUACGUCAACCUGCUCAGCCUCUUCAAGCAGACCUACCAGAACCGCGACAACGGGCUGAGGGAGGAUCUAGCCCAGACCCUGGCCGACCUCAAGGCCAGCUGGAUCCGCCUGCCAGGCGGCAACAACAUGGAGGGCCUGUCGCUGGGGAACCAGUUCAAGUGGAAUGAGAGUAUUGGCUCGUUGGAGCAGCGCUUUGGCAAGCUCAGCACCUGGGGCGACAUUGAGACACAGGGCUUCGGCCUCCUCGAGCAGAUGACCAUGGCCAGGGACAUGAACCUGACCGUCGUCCUGGGUAUCUAUGGCGGUCUCUCUCUCAACGGCGACGUGGUCCCCGAGGACGAGCUGCAGCCCUAUGUGGACUCGGCCAUGGACGAGCUCGAGUUUUUGACAGGCGACGCAUCGACGCCCAUGGGGGCCAAACGCGUCCAACUCGGCUACGAGGAGCCCUUCCAGGUUGACUGGGUCGAGAUCAGCAACGAGGACUACCUCAACGGCGGGUAUGACUCCUACUACGCGUACCGCUUCGACAUGUUCUACAACGCCAUCCGCGCAAAGUACCCGGACAUGCACGUCGUCUCGACCAUCAACCCGUCGCCCUCGCCGGACACGGGCAGCGGGGCCAUGGUCGACCUGCACAUCUACGACAACCAGAACCACUUUGCCAGCCUGUACAACACCUUUGACCAGGCCAGCCGCAAGUACCCUGUCUUUGUGGGCGAGUACGCGGCCAUCCGGGAGGGCAGCGGCGCAGGACCCGAGAUUGGCGCCCAGACGUUUGGCAUGGCCUGCGGCGAGGCCAUCAUGCUGCUCGGCAUCGAGAAGAACUCGGACAUUAUCCUCGGGUCCGCGUACGGCGCGCUCAUCAAGGAGUACAACGAGGAGCCCAACACCGUCGCCGUCAUCAAGCACACGGCCAACGAGAUCCUGCACUCCAUGAGCUACUACCUGCAGCAGCUGUUUGCCGCGCACGUCGGCACCGAGACGCUGCCCGUCACGGCGACAGAAGGUGGCCUGGGCCCCGUCUGGUGGUCGGCCACCAAGGCGGGUCGGCGGACUGUCCUCAAGAUGGUCAACUACAAUGGUGCGACGGGUGCGGAGAAUGCGGUAAAGGUCCAUGUCAAGGGCUCGCGUGCCUGCACGGCGGAGCUGACCGUCUUUACGGCGGACAAGGAGACGAGCAGCAACAAGCUGCCGUCGCAGGGAGGGGAUGAGCACAGCAUCACCACGCGUAGGAUUACGGGCAAGAGGGGCGUCUUUGAGGUGGCCUUUACCAAGCCUUUUGAGAUUGUCAUCCUGACGGUGUGAGGGGGUUUGUUAGGCAAUGGGAGACGUGAUUCAUGGUCCUAGAGUCCUAGUUCGAUAGUUGGUCAAUCUCCGAGACUUCAUGUUUCCUUUGCCAUUUGUCCAUCAAUAUGACAGUUUUCUGACACGAAUUAAGCCUCCAAACCCAUUGUGAGUAUCAUGGAAACCGCGAGUGCUCUGUGGCACCAAGCGAAUGGGCCGUCGCCGUCGCUCUCGUUGCUUCGACUUGAACCCUUCGACCAGCUGAUGCCUCGCCCUCCUCCAGUCCCCAGUCCCGACUCCCCAGCGACGAAAGCAACAAGGGCCGGAGAAUGAGCCAACGAAAGGCCGU